AGGCAGGAAAAGUUACUCCCAGAGAAAAACGCAGGGCUCGUCCUUUACCCUGACGUCAGAUCUGUCUUCAAUAAAACCUCCCUUGGAGCCCAAAGGGAAAAGUCAGACCCACUGUCAACCUCGGCUGCGCUCUGCAUUCCCUCAAAGAGGUGCCUAAUUUGUUCCAAAAGGAGUUUUAUUUUUCUCCUUUUUAAAAGAUCUGGGUUCAAUCAAUGUCUUUCAUCCUGGCUUCCAGUGAUGAGGUGGCUUUUGCCCUGGAUUCUAGCAACCAACGGCAUUCUGCAGGUCUUUGCCCAGAACAUCACCACGACCACGACUACCAUGUCACCCCCUGCCACCUCCACCGUGACCGAGGCUUACGUGCGGACGCAGUACUGUAAGUGGCCGUGCGAAUGUCCGGAGAUGCCGCCCGUCUGCCCGGCGGGCGUCAGCCUGAUGACCGACGGCUGUGAGUGCUGCAAGACAUGUGCCAAGCAGUUGGGAGAGAACUGCACAGAGGCGGACACUUGCGACGUCCACAGGGGGCUGUACUGUGACUACAGCAGAGACAGACCUAGGUACGAAAUAGGAGUGUGUUCACGUAAGUGAUGUACCUCUUUCU